GCACGGGGGGAGGAGGAGGAGGAGGAGGAAGGAGAGGGCGGGGGGACAUGAGCAGCCCCCCCCCCCAAGUCCCCCAAGCUGUAAUAUCACAGUAAUCCCCCCAUGCGAUACAGGCAAUAUCGCACAGUCACCGACAGGCACCUGCAGGCGAGCAGCAAGCAUGAGCUUGGCAACACAGCACUGUGAGUGGCAGGACCCUGUGGUCUGAACCGCAUCUUCAGCUGACUUUCCAAGUGGCAAGGCGCCGUUGGUCCUGUACCAUGGAGGACUGCCUUCACACCUCCUCUGAAAACCUCUCCAAGCUGGUGAGCUGGGCCCACAGCCAUGGGACCAUCUGCAGCCUCAUCCCCAACCUCAAGCACCUCCUCUCCGAGGGGUCCCAUGGCAAUCUGACUGCCAUGUGGGGCUGUAGUGCCGGCCAUGCCUACCACUGGCCCCUGGCUGCCACAUGCCGGGCUGGAUCCCAGGAGCGUGUCUGUUUCCAGGACAGUCGCAGCUUCAACUCGGACAGCCCCAGCAUGCUGGGGGUGCCCUCGGAGGUACAGGCCAGCCCCCUGGAGCGCUACCCAGGCCGGUCAGGCAAGCCCAAGCUGGAUUGCACCCGCACCCGUGACUCCUGCGACUUCUCCUACUGCAGCGAGCCAUCGGAGCUGGGUGAGCCCGUGGAGGAGUAUGAGGAUGAGGCCACCCUCUUCGACAUGGUCUGUGAGUCCUCUGUCACAGAUGAGGACAGUGACUUUGAGCCGCACACCCAGCGGGCCCCUACCGGCCCCCGCAAGCGGCCAGCUUCCAGCCAGCCCACCACUGCCCAGGCCCAGCCUGCUGACGAGGGCGGUGGUGAGGUGCUCCUCAAGAAGAUCAAGCAGGAGCUCCCUGAGGACUACUACAUAGUGGCCAAUGCUGAGCUGACUGCUGGCGCUGACGGGCCGGCCCUGGCCCUUACACAGAUGUCCAAGCCCAAGCCUCAGACACAGGCCGGGCCCUCCUGCCUGGGCCCUGCCAGGGCCCUGCCCCAGCCCACGGUGGGCCCCGACCCUGAUCCACAGCACCCCUCCACCUCCCCACCUGGCCCACCCAGGCUGGUCGCACAGAGGCCGCUCCGGGGCCCCCUGGCCUCCCCAGCACGGGGGGCAGGCAGUGGCCCCGUGGCUGCCCUGCAGGUGCCAGCCACCAGCUCCAACACGGCCACCGCUGCCUCUGGGAAGUCCAUCAGCAUCCCGCUGUCAGCCCUGCAGCUGCCUGGUCAGGAGGAGCUGCCGGCCGCUGAGGACACCCUCCCUCCCGCCCCGCAGGCAGCCCCAGGCGGCGAGACGGCCAGCUCACCGUCGGUGGGUGCUGAGCCUGAGGUCAGCUCCAGCCAGCAGCAGCCUCCCACCGUCCCCACCACCACUCCUGAGGCAGCAGCACAGUCAAUGCCAGACCAGGAUGAGAGGGCGGCUGAGCUCAGCAGGGAGCAGAAUGAGAAGACUAUUCGCAGCACACAGACGGCUCUCCGCAAUUUCCGAGAGUUUCUUAUCUCCAAGUACCCCUCUGAGACACGGGAGAUCUAUGUCAUUCCCUGCAAAGAGCUUGAUGCCUACCUUGCUUCCUUCUUUGUGGACGCCAGACAAAAGGAUGGUUCUGAAUAUGAGCCAAACAGCCUGGCCAACUACCAGUGUGGACUGGAGCGGUACCUCAAAGAGCACAGGUAUGGAUACAGUAUUACAAGGGAUAAAGAGUUCAAGAGGUCCCAGGAAGCUCUAAAGCAAAAGCAGAUAGAGCUGAGAUGUAAGGGGAAAGGAAACAAGCCACACAAAUCCAUGAAGCUCACCUUUGCUGAUGAGCUUAUCCUGCGCAAAAGAGGCUUAUUGAGCCGGUACAAUCCAGAAGGACUGCUGAACCUUGUCUGGCUAAACAACACUAAGGCAUUUGGACACUGCACAGGCUUCCAUGGGUCUACCCUGAAGUGGGGAGACAUCCGGCUGCGGGUGACGGAGACUGGGUUGGAAUACCUGGAGUGGAUGGGGCCGGACAAUGGAGACGUCAAUGCCAAGAGCAAAAGGGGUGGGACAGACUCCCGGGUGUACGCCACCCAGCACUCCCCACAGACCUGCCCUGUGCAAGACUACAAGGAGUACGCCCAGAGGCGGCCUCCAGCCAUGCGCUAUGAGGAUGCACCAUUUUACCUGUCCAUCAAACCCGUCGUCAACUUGGCUGCGCUUCACUGGUACAACUGCCAAGCCCUGGGGAAAAACAAGCUUGCCAAGAUGGUAAAGACAAUGUGUGAGAAAGGCAACAUCCCCGGCCGGAAGACCAACUUCAGCGUCUACCAGAGCUGUAGCACCCUCUCAGAAGCACAGAGCAACCAGCUGGUGCUGAUCUGCAAUAACCUGAGCCAGCAGGCUGCGCAGUCCGUGGCAAGCCACUCCAAUACUGGCAACUUCAUAGUGUCAGCAUCCUAUGACUCCUCCUCAGACACAGCUUGAAAGAGGGACAUCACCCUAACACUUCUUUCUUUUCUUUUUUGUUUCAAGCAUUGAGUUUGUGCCCAAUAAUACACAUCAACUGUGAUUGUACACUAUUCCCUCAUAGCCCUUUCUCCAGUGUUAAUUCAUUUUAUAAAAAUAUAUAAAUAUAUAAUAUAUUUUUCUUUUUACAAAUAAGUCAAUAGAAAUAGUUUAGUAUUACUAACAUAGUAUUUAUAGUGUUAAUACAAAAAUGAAAGGUACUUAUGGGUUAUAAUAUAAACACAGAUUUUAAAAGGACAAAAUGGUUCUCAGGCAACACAAGAUAGACUGAAAAUGCCAUUUUUAACAUGCACACAUCGGUGACUGUAAAACCCCAGGGAGGCUUACACAGCAAUUCUAUUUUAAAGCAUUUUUUGAACUUCUUAUUUUAACAUGACCUCCCAGAGUGGAGGAGACAAACUUACCACUGGCUGCUGCUUCUUACCUGCUGGCUUAUUCUUGAUCAGCAAGACCAAGAAAUAAGAGAUACAUCCAUGUAAGUCCACGAAACCAUUUACAUUUUUGUCUGGUUUUCGUUUUCUUUCCUGAGACUUAUUUAUGCUAGAUGGGAAAAAAAAGCCUGAAGUCAGCUAAAGGCUAUUUUUAACUUCUGUUUUUGUUGAUGAUUCUCUGUGAUCGAAAUGUUGCUGGUCUUUAGACUAAAAAGUAUUGUUUUCAAUUAUGUGCAGCAGUAUAAUGGCAAAACAAUUGUCAUACACAUAAUUUAAACUGUUUAAGCAUGGGUUGUUAGUACUUUGUCACUGUGCGUAUAUAUAAUGUAAAAUUUAAUGACUUAUAGCAGCACUCUUUCAUAUUCUAGGGAAUGCAACAGUGCAGAAAAAUCCACAAUCUUAUCCCAAACUGUACAGAAAAAAAAUGCAUUAAAGACUUCUUAAGCCAGCAUCUGAAGUCCACAAAAAUAGCAUAGAAAGUGUAAUGGUAAUUUCAUAUUUACCACUGAAAAUGAAAAAUCUGGAUAAUUUAUGUGCCAGAAAACAAAUUUAAGGUAGCUACACAUAAUCUCUUUCCAUUGUAGACUGUGGAAAAUGUGCGUGUGAAUCUGAAGGCAGAAUUUGGUCCCUAAAGUCUUGAAAUAGUGAGCACUACUGUUCCAGCAUUUGACUUUGCAAUAUAUUUGUUCUUCUCCAAGUAUGGAGAAAAUGCUAAAAAUUCAGUAUUUCAGUGAACAAUUGUAAUUUUUGACCUUUAAGAUUAUGUAUGGUACUUCUCAAGUAAUUCAGCUUAGUUUAUAUUCCACUAGGAUAUCCUAGAGCCCUGACGAAGCUUUAGACAAGUCAGCUGGAGUGAUCUAAUGCCCACUGAAGUCAGUGGAAGACUCAGCU